AUGGACUUGUCCCUGCCAAUGUGUGCCACUUCUCCCGGGAUUAUCUCCAUCACACCAUGGAUUUUUAUCUUCACCACCUUCAUGAAAAUGUCUUUGGGAUCCUCAUUCUUGACAGGCACUGUGGCCAAUUGUGAAAACGAAGGAGAAGCUCUUCAAAUUCCAUUCAUCACUGACAAUCCAUGUAUUUCUUGUGUGUGUCUGAACAGAGAAGUGACCUGCAAGAGAGAAAAGUGCCCGGUGGUGUCCAAGGAUUGUGCUCUGGUUGUCAAACAGAGGGGAGCUUGCUGUGAACGCUGUAAAGGCUGUAACUUCCAUGGUGGCCUUUACAACAGUUCUAUGAAAUGGCAAGACCUUUCACAACCCUGCAUCACACGGCAGUGUCAGGAAGGGGUUAUUACAGAAUCUGAUGUUCAGUGUCUAGUUCACUGUAAGAACCCUAUAAAACAACCAGGAUUGUGCUGUCCUACAUGUCCAGGUUGUGUAUAUGAAGGCCGACACUAUAAAGAAGGGGAUGAAUUUCAGCCAGAAGGGAACAAAUGUCUUAAGUGCUCCUGCAUCGGAGGCAGGAUACAGUGCAUAAAGGAGGUCUGCCCUAUUCUGUCAUGCCCCCAGCAUCUCAGUCAUGUUCCUACUGGACAAUGUUGCCCAAAAUGUAUAGGCCAAAGAAAAGUGUUUGACCUGCCAUCUGGCAGCUGCCUUUUUCGAAGUGAUGUCUACGACAAUCAUUCCACUUUUAUGCAUGACAGCUGCACAACAUGCACCUGCAGGGACUCAACUGUAGUUUGUAGAAGGAAGUGUUCUCCAGCUGGAACAUGCAAAAAUGGGCAAGAGCAAUGCUGUGAUGAGUGUGUCUCCUAUGUGCCUGCUGAAGAAGUAAAAGUCUGCAAGUCAGGAAACAAAAUAUUCAGGGAUGGAGAGAUGUGGUCCUCUGUCAACUGCACCAUCUGUUCUUGUGUGAAAGGCAAGACAGAGUGUCACAAGAAACAAUGCAUUCCAGUCCACAGCUGCCCCCAAGGCAAAAUGCUGAAUAGAAAAGGCUGCUGUCCUAUUUGCACUGAAAAACCUGGUGUUUGUACUGUAUUUGGAGACCCCCAUUACAACACGUUCGAUGGACGGACAUUCAAUUUUCAAGGAACCUGUCAAUAUAUUUUAACCAAAUAUUGCUCAUCUUCUACCUUGCCUUUUGAAGUUAUUGUAAAAAAUGAUGCUCGUCGCACACACUCGUUCUCAUGGACAAAAACCGUGGACCUAGUAAUGGGAGGAAGCAUUAUUAGUCUUCAACAGCAUCUUACAGUUAAAUGGAAUGGAACAAGAAUAUCACUGCCUUAUGAGACACCUCAAUUUCAUAUAGACUUAGAUGGUUACCUUCUAAAAGUCACCACAAAAGCAGGGCUGGAAAUUUCCUGGGAUGGAGACAGCUUUGUAGAAGUGAUGGCCGCUCCUCAUUUAAAAGGGAAGCUCUGUGGUCUUUGUGGCAACUACAAUGGACACAAGCGGGAUGAUCUUAUAGGUAGUGAUGGGAACUUCAAGUUUGAUGUGGAUGACUUUGGAGAUUCCUGGAGAGUCGAAUCUAAUGAAUUCUGUAACCGCCCUCGUAGGAAGACUGUGCCAGAGCUGUGCCAAGGAACUGUUAAGGUGAAACUUCGAGCUCACAGAGAAUGCCAGAAGUUAAAGUCUUGGGACUUUCAAAACUGUCACUCCACUGUUGACUAUGCUGUUUUCUAUCGAUCAUGUGUGACAGAUAUGUGCGAAUGCCCAGUUCAUAAAAACUGCUACUGUGAAUCAUUAAUAGCUUAUGCCAGAGCAUGUCUAAGAGAAGGAGUGAACAUUCACUGGAAACCAGAAAACAGCUGUGCGGCAACUCAGUGUAAACACGGAGCUGUAUACGACACCUGCGGUCCAGGAUGCCUGAAGACUUGUGAAAACUGGAAUGAAAUUGGUCCAUGCAGCAGGCCGUGUGUGGCUGGAUGUCAUUGCCCUGCUAAUUUAGUACUUUACAAAGGAAAAUGUAUCAAGCCAGCACUCUGUCCACAGCGGUGACAUAAAUCUUUCAUCAAGGACUUUUAAAGCUGGUAGUUUUUAUUUUUAAAAGCUCUCAGCCAAUGAAGGACUCUACUGUUGAACUCAGAACUCGUAAAAAUGAAUAUGUGCUGACACAUUCACACACAUGGAUGCAAGCAACUAAUAUAAAUAUGAUAUAAAUAUAAAUACAAAAUUAUACAUCACUUAUAUAAGCAAAGACAAAAUAUUAUAUGUAU